AUGUGCAUGUUUUUUUUCGCCAGUGAUGACGGAACGCUGGCGCGAGCUUUUGGCGCAAUUGAGCCACGAGUUGGACCUGCAGGCAGCAAGACUCAAAGAUUUGGAGCUUCAGAACCGUCAACUGCUGGCCUCCCAGGCGCCGGUGGCGGCCCUGGAACCGCCCAGCCCGGAACCCUUGCGACGUCGCCGACUCUCCUCCAGCGCCGACUUCUUCGACGAUGCCGCGGAGGAUCUGCUGCAGAAGAACUGCCAGGAGCGUGGGGGACGGGUCUCGCGGGUCUCGGUCACGGAGCCAGAUCCCUUGGUUCCCGUGGCCCCAUCCUUGUUGCGGCCCAAUCGACCGAGCCAAGUAUCAGUGGCCUCCUUAGUCGAUGCAUCCAAACUCCUUGGCAAGGAAAAGAUGCACUUGUCGGUCUUGAGAGCAAAGACAGUGGAGUUUGCAGUGCAGAAGUAUUGGUGGAUCAUCAACCCGGACAGCAACCGUUUCUCGCACCUGUGGCAAGUGGUCACCAACUUUGCCUUGGCCUUCGUGGCUUUGGUGACGCCCCUACAAGUGGGGCUCCUGGAGAUUCGUUGGGACGCUCUUUUUGUCAUCACCUGGUGUGUCUGGAGUUGGAAUCUCGACCCUGGAAAAUCGCGAAACAUUAUGUGAUGACCUGGUUUUUCUUGGAUUUCUUGACCUUGAUCCCUUUGGACACCAUCGGCCUUCUCAGCGGAAAAGAUCGCUUGAAGGACCUUCGAAGCAUCAAGGUGAUUCGGGUGCUGCGUUUGUUGAAGUUGAUGCGCUUGCUGAGAAGCUCCAAAUUGACCCACCGAGUGGAAAUUCCAGUGUCCAUCCCAUAUCAGCACAUCGCUCUGCUGCGCUUCUUGUUGGUUUUGAUUUUAGCUUGCCAUUGGCUGGCCUGCGUUUGGGCCAUGACACUGAAGCUGGUGGAUGAGAAGUACCCGCAGUGGAUCAACGAAAUCGAAGCCGCUGAUUUGCCCUUUGGGAUUCGCACACGUGAUUCGCCCAUCCGUAUCUACAUUGCAUCCUACUACUUCUGUUGUUAUACAAUGACAUCGGUGGGCUACGGUGACUUCGGCCCUCGCAACGUCUUGGAACGCAUGGUGUGCACCUGGAUCGUGUUGACCUCUGGGCUCAGCUGGGCCUAUAUCCUGGGCGAAGUCUGUGCCAUCGUCAGCGAGAUGACGGCGGAGAGCCAACGCUUCCGCAAGAAGAUGCACCACUUGAAUUCGUUGAUGGAAGAGCAAGGGCUUCCCACUCCUUUGCGCUGUCGUUUGCGGAGCUUCUUUCUGCAAAAUCGACAUCAAGCACAGCACCUGACACGUCAAAAACUCUUGGACAAUCUGAGCCCUCAACUACAUGCCGAAGUUUGCACAGCUUUGAACCUGCCUUGGAUUCAAAAAGUCACCUUCUUUCGUCAAUUCAUGGGUCUCGUGGAGGUCCUGGAGAUGGAGGGUAUUCACACCGCCCCCUUCAGAGCUUGCAUUGCGGAUGUGUCAAGGGAACUGAAAGUGGCAGCAUUUGCCCAGCGUGAAAUUUUUGAUAACGUCCAAGUUCUCUACAUUUUAUCCAAGGGCCUAGUGGCUUUGAACAGCCGUGUAGGGCAGAAUGGCGCAGUCUGGGGGGAAGACUUUGUUUUGUCAGACACCUCUCUGAUUCGCCCGGUCUCUGGCUUUGCUUUGACCUACAUCGAGGCGACCACAUCAUGGCACAGGGAGGGUUCGGUUAUUUAA